GAAACGCGCGAGAUUAGCUGAAAACUAAGAAUCGAUUAUUAUGAAUCGAUGCACGUGAUUUAUAUAAUAUGGUAUAAUGUAUAAAAUUUAUAUUAUCAUAUAAAUUUAUAUAUUUAUAAUUUUAAUGAUAAGCAAUAUAUUUAUUUCAUGAAUAAUUUUAUUGACAUUUUAAAAGAAAAAGUAACAUUAGAUAAUAUGUUUAUAACCUUCAACAUUGAAUUUAUGUUAUAACGGAAAACAAAAAUUACUUCUAAGGAAUAAUGGAAGUUAAUAUAGGAGAUGUAGUAAUGCCUGGUGAUACUGUAAAAGAUAUUACAACAAUUAACAAAAAGGAAACGAUUAUUUUAGGACCUGGGCUUCGUCGUGAAGCUGAUACAGUCUUUGCAUAUAAAGCAGGUAUAUUGAAAAAAACAGAACCAGCUGUAUAUUAUGUUGAUAGUUAUCAAAAACGAUAUGUACCAAAUCGUGGAGAACAUGUAGUUGGUAUAGUAACACAAAAAGGUGGUGAUAUUUUCAAAGUAGAUAUAGGUGCUAGUGAACAAGCAUCUCUUUCUUAUUUAGCAUUUGAAGGAGCUACUAAGAAAAAUCGUCCUGAUAUUCAAGUUGGGGAUCUUGUGUUUGCUAAGCUUUUAGUUGCUAGUAAAGAUAUGGAACCUGAACUUGUAUGUGUAGAUUCACAUGGUAAAGAAAAAAAAUUAGGUGCUUUAAGCUCUGAAGGCAUGCUUUUUACUUGUUCUUUGAGUCUUAUCAGGAAGAUCUUAAAUCGUAAUUCACCAUUAUUUAAAACACUUGCUCAUAAUCAAGCAUUUGAAGUUGCAGCUGGUAUGAAUGGUAGAGUCUGGGUCAAAGCAAGGACUAUUCAAGAAACAAUAGCAAUAGCAACGGCUAUUUUAGCAGCAGAAUAUGCUCCACCUAAUAGUAUAAAAAAACUAUGUUCUGACAUUGAAAAGACCUUACUUUUAACUCAAUCUGCUGGUAUAGAUUAAUUAUAAUAAAAGGAAUAUCCAAUAUUAUGUAUGAAUGAUUAUUUAUUGUAUCAAUAUUUUUAAUGAUUUUUAUAAAUAAAUCAAUAUGAUUUCUUAUAUGAAAUAUGAUGAUUAUAAUGACAACCAUUGUGACAACCAUUGUGAUAAUGAUAUAGAAUUAGAAUUAUAUAGUACAUACAUUAUUAAGUAUGCUGGUCAUGUAUAUUGCUAUGAUAAUACAAUGGUAUGUAAAAUACUAUAAUUAAUGAGUACUUAAAAAAAAUAUAUUAGAAUUUUUUCUGAUUGCAAUUUAAUAUAUUUAGUACAUUCAUUCAAUAAAUAAAUCAUAUAAUAAAAUAGUACAAUUAGUACAUCAAAUUAUUUUCAUAAUAUUAAUAUUAUAAGAUAAUUCAUUCAAUCAUUUAAAUAUUUUUAUAAAUAUUUUUAACAACUAUUAUAAAAAUUAACAAGAUAUAGCAGUCAAUAUAGUUCAUAUUUGAUGAUUGCAAUCAGUUUUAGGUGAAAAAGUGACUAAAUUAAUUUUCUCUAUUCUCUUUGAUAUGUAACUAAUAUUUGUUUUCUGAUUGUAUGAAAGCUAAGUAUAUGUAUAUUAACUAAUGAGUAUCAGACAUUCAAGCACAACCUUGACUUUCUUUAUUUUUUUCAUAAAAAUACUUAAACAAUUUUUAACCCAAGUAUUUAUAUUUUUGUAUUUUUAUCUUUUAAUGUAUUAUUUGUACGUGAUGGAAUGUGCAUUGUUCAUAGUUUAUAAAAUAAACCAUGAACAUAUUGAUAUUAGGAAAACUUUUUUUUUAUACAUUAUGACAA